GAACCUUUUACCGUCCGCUAGGAAACGUUUGGGGGCAGGAGAACAGUAGCACCAGCUCGAGGGCAUCGGAAAGGGAGGAGAUGGGAAGCCGCCUUGGACGACGCGUGAUCCACUUCGCAAACCUGCCCAUCAAGCUCCUCCUGCCGUCGCCUCCCUUGGAUUCCAUACGCGAGAUCGCCCUCAAGACCAUCCCCUCCGCCUCCAAGGUGGAGAUCCGCCGCGUGCUCGAGUCCCUCUACGGCUUCGACGUCGCCGAGGUGCGCACCCUCAACAUGGAGGGCAAGAAGACCAAGCGCGGUCCCUUCCUGGCCGCCAAGCCCGACUAUAAGAAGGCCUACGUCACGCUCCGCUCCCCCCUCUCCCUCUCCCCCGACCUCUUCCCCGUCAAGCUCAUCUUCGAAGAGAAGGAGCGCAUCGCCGCUGCCGCCUCCCGCCGCCCCGCCGUUGUCGAAGGCGAAGACGGCCGCGGCGAGCGCAAGCACUGGCUCGACGAUAGACGCCGCGAGGAGCCGAGUGGGUAUCGCGGCAAGCGUGCUGCUGCUGGUGGCGGCGGGGUACGGCGGCGUGGCGGCGGCGGUGGCGGUGGCGGCGGGAGAGGGAAGAAAGGACAGGAGGAGAGCAAGUUCCCCUGGAGCAGCAUGCGUCUGUCAGAGUCGGCUUAGAAGGCUUAGAAGUAGUCUGUUUUCUCUCUUAAUAAGCGUCGAAGACUGCGUCUUUUUCGACCAACCUUGCUGGAUUUUCAGGAAAGUUUGUUCGAGAUUAUUUACAUGGUGAUAACUUGUUUUUAUGAAUAUUUUUGUUAUAGUUUUUACCCUCCUUUGUUAUAAUGUACGAUCUCUGCCUGCUACAUGUUUGACGGAAAGCCAGUAUGGUUUUUUUA